UCCAGCUCCACAUGACAUGACGCACAUGGGGACUAAAGAGAGUUAUCUACUGUAGUUUACAUAGUUUUAUCUGGAAAAUGUUGUUUUCUAAGGAAACACCAUGGAGGCGAUUAGAGGGCAUGUCGUUUGGCAUGUUGUCCUCUGAAGAAAUAAGGAAACUGAGUGUGAAAACCAUCACCAAUUCCCUGCUUUUGGAUAAUGUGGGCAAUGCGGCAUCAAAUGGGUUGUAUGAUCUGGCUCUGGGUCCGGCUGACAACAAAGAGAUCUGCUCCACCUGCAUGCAGGACUUUAAGAGCUGUCCUGGACACUUCGGACACAUAGAUCUGCCCCUGCCCGUCUACAGCCCUCUGUUCUUUGAUAAAUUGUUUUUGCUCAUCCGGGGUUCGUGCCUGGUGUGCCAAAUGUUGACGUGUCCGCGGGCAGCCGUCCAUUUACUGCUGUGCCAGCUGAAGCUUCUGAAUGUGGGAGCUUUGAAGGAGGUUUACGAUGUCGAGAACGUCCUCAAUCAGUUUGUGGAUGCCAACCCUCGGGCGUCUGGAGUAGAAAUCCAAGUAGCUCUGGAGAAGUUUAUUACUCCCAUCCUCAAAGCCAACGGAGACAAUCGGCAAGCUGACCCGAUGAAACAUGUCUGUGAAAAAAGAGUCUCUCUCAUAAACAAUUUCUGGAAAAUACACAUGGGCUCAAAAAAAUGUCCCCACUGCAGAGCCAGUCGAGCGCCGUUGCGCAGGGAACAUAACAGUAAACUGAUCGUCACACAGUCACUUUCCAAAGCAGACUCAGAAUUAGACGAUGAGGACGUGCCGAUGGCCAAACGAGGAUACCUGACUCCAAGCUUGGCCCGAGAGCAUGUUAUCAAACUCUGGGAGAAAGAAGGUUUUUUCCUCAAGCAUCUGUUCUCAGGGUUUGACACGGGCGGCUCAGAGAAACGCUUCCCUGAAGUUUUCUUCUUAGAGCUGGUGGUCGUCCCUCCGUCCAGGUUCAGGCCUAUAAAUCGGUUGGGAGAUCAGAUGUUCACCAACGGUCAUACAGUGAACAUGCAGGCAGUGUUAAAGGACAAUUUCAUUGUUCAGAAGUUGCUGGCGCUCAUCGCUGCUGAGAAGACCAAGGCUAUAGAAGACACACAGACAGAGCUGGAGCAGUCCAAUGAGACUACGGAGAUCAGUCAGGUAGAUCAGUCCUUUCUAAUGGACAUCCAGGGACAGACUCUAACGGACAAGCUCUACAACAUCUGGAUCCGUCUACAGACUCACGUCAACAUUGUGUUUGACAGCGAAAUGGACAAAAUGAUGACAGACAAGUAUCCUGGAGUGCGUCAGGUCUUGGAGAAGAAAGAAGGUUUGUUCAGGAAGCACAUGAUGGGAAAGCGUGUGGAUUACGCCGCUCGCUCCGUCAUUUGUCCCGACAUGUACAUCGGAACCAAUGAGAUUGGAAUACCAAUGGUGUUUGCCACCAAGCUGACGUACCCGCAGCCAGUGACGUCGUGGAAUGUGAAGGAACUCAGACAGGCUGUGCUGAACGGACCCAACGUUCACCCCGGAGCCUCCAUGGUCAUCAAUGAGGACGGGUCCCGAACGAUUCUCAACAGUACCAACCUGACCCAGAGAGAAGCCGUAGCCAAACAGCUCCUGACGCCCAGCACCGGCCAACACAAGAUCCCUAUGAAGAUCGUUAAUCGACACAUCAAGAACGGCGACGUGUUGUUGUUGAACCGUCAGCCCACUCUCCACAGACCGUCUAUUCAGGCCCACUGCGCUCGCAUCCUGCCGGGAGAGAAAGUGCUGCGCUUGCAUUACUCCAACUGUAAAGCCUACAAUGCCGACUUUGAUGGAGACGAGAUGAACGCUCACUUCCCUCAGAGUGAACUGGGAAGAGCUGAAGCUUACACACUAGUGAGCACAGACCAGCAGUAUUUAGUGCCUAAAGAUGGGAAGCCGUUGGCUGGUCUGAUUCAGGAUCACAUGGUGUCCGGCAGCAGCAUGACUCUCCGGGGCUGUUUUUUCACGCGGGAUCAGUACACAGCAUUGAUCUACAGAGGGCUGACAGACAAGGUCGGCAGAGUAAAGCUCCUCACCCCCGCGCUCAUUAAACCCGUGCCACUCUGGACGGGCAAACAGGUUGUGUCAACCCUUUUGCUGAAUGUCAUUCCUGAAAACAGCAUCCCUUUGAACCUGGCGGGAAAGGCAAAGAUUCCCAGUAAAGCCUGGGUGAAGGAACCCCCCAGACCAGUUCCAGGAUACAAUCCAGACAUUAUGUGUGAAUCUCAGGUGAUCAUUCGGCAGGGUGAACUUCUGCUGGGUGUUUUGGAUAAAGCUCAUUACGGCAGCUCUUCUUACGGUCUGGUGCACUGCUGCUAUGAGCUGUACGGAGGAGAGACCAGCGGGAAACUGCUCAGCUGUCUGGCUCGCCUCUUCACCGCAUACCUGCAGCUGUACCGCGGCUUCACGCUGGGGGUGGAGGACAUUCUGGUCAAAAAGAGAGCCAACAAACAAAGAAGGAAAAUAAUUCAAGAGUCAGUCACAUGUGGUUCCAAGGCUCUGCGGGCGGCGUUUAACCUGCCCGAGUCUGCUGCUGUGGAUGAAGCCAGAGAAUGCUGGCAAGACGCUCAUCUGAACACAGACCAGAGAGAUUUCAACAUGGUGGACCUGAAGUUCAAAGAGGAGGUCAAUCAAGUCAACAACAACAUCAACAAGGUGUGCAUGCCAGCGGGUCUCCACCGCUCUUUCCCGGAGAAUAACCUGCAGCUCAUGGUGCAGUCAGGAGCAAAGGGUUCCACUGUUAACACCAUGCAGAUCUCCUGUUUGCUGGGUCAGAUCGAGCUGGAGGGCCGCCGGCCGCCGCUGAUGCCUUCUGGGAAAUCCCUGCCCUGCUUUCAGCCCUACGAUCCUCAGCCACGCUCGGGCGGAUUUGUCACUGGUAGAUUCUUGACGGGCAUCAAACCUCCUGAGUUCUUUUAUCACUGUAUGGCUGGUCGUGAAGGUCUCGUGGACACGGCUGUCAAAACCAGUCGAUCUGGUUAUCUUCAGAGGUGUGUUAUCAAGCAUCUGGAGGGUCUGGUGGUUCAGUACGAUCUGACGGUGAGAGACAGUGAUGGAAGUGUGGUCCAGUUUCUCUACGGGGAGGACGGACUGGAUGUUCCCAAGACUCAGUUCUUACAGCCGCGUCAGUUCAGUUUCAUCAAAGACAACUAUGAGGUCAUCAGAAAAUCCAAGUGUUUGGAUGACAUUUUGGCUAAGAUGGACCCACAGACUGCCAACAAUCAUUUUAAUGCCAUAAAGAAAUGGAAAUCCAAACGUGAGCGUGAUUCACCCCGAGGCGGGGCGUUCCUGCUUUACUCGCAGAAGAAACUGGCCAAGUUAAAAGCUCAAUCAAUGAGCCAAGAACUGAGCAAUGGAAGAGACUGCGCCACUCUACAGCUUUCGGAGCAGUGGAGGAAUCUGGACAAGUCGAACCGGACGAAGUAUUUGAAGAAGAGCUCUGGUUGUCCAGACCCGUGUUUGGCUCUCCACCGGCCGGACAUCUGCUUCGGUUCAGUAUCCGAGACGUUUGACAACAUUGUCGAGUCCUAUCUGAAUCAGUACAGUGUAAAGAAAGAAUUUCAAACGUCAUCUGACGUCGUUGACACAGAGCGACUGAAGGUUCUGCUGCAGCUCAAGUGGCAGAGAGCUCUGUGUGAUCCAGGUGAAGCUGUAGGUCUGCUGGCCGCUCAGAGCAUCGGAGAGCCAUCCACACAAAUGACCCUCAACACCUUCCAUUUUGCCGGCAGAGGCGAGAUGAACGUCACGCUGGGUAUUCCCAGAUUACGUGAGAUCCUCCUGAUUGCCAGCUCUAACAUCAAAACACCCAUGAUGAGUAUUCCAGUUCUGAUGAACAAGAAAGCCAUAAAGCGGGUUAAAGCGCUGCGGAAGAAACUAGCCCGUGUGUGUUUGGCAGAGGUGCUUCACAAGGUGGACGUGACAGAAACCUUGCGUAUGGAGGGGGGAAAGAGAAAAAAAUCAAGGGUCUUCAAACUCGCCUUCCACUUUCUGCCCCCCGAGCGAUACCAGCAGGACAAGCAGCUCGAUCCUCAACAGAUUCUUCAUUUCAUGGAGCAAAGGUUCUUUCGUCUGCUCUUAGAGGCCAUUAAGAAGCUGAACGCUAAACUUGCGUCUCUCAGCGCUCUGGACACGCGCAGGGCCACGCCGGGUAAUGACGAUCGUGAAGUGGCCGCCACCCCGGACCGAGAGGAUGCUGAAGGUGAGGAUCCAGGUGACAACAGGGUUGUGGAUGAUGAGGCGAAUGAAGGAGACACUGACGCAACAGAUGCCAGGAUGAAAGCUAAACAAGAUGAAGAGGUGGACUACGAAGGUGAGGAUGGGGAGGAUGAGGGCAGCGACGAAGAACAUGCUGAAGACGAACAUGCUGAUGACAGACAGGAAGAGGCGGAGUCUUCAGAGCUCCCGGAGGAAGGGUCCAGUGGAAGCACACCACAGAGCCAGAGAAACAGCGCUUCUAAACAGCUACAUGUUGAUUCACAAGAUGAGGAAAUGCGGAUCAAUUCAGUGCUGCGGUUCAGCGACGUCAUUGAAGACUACAAAUAUGACACGGAAGAUGGACUGUGGUGUGAGCUGACCAUGGUCCUUCCUGUCAGUAAGGUGCACGUUGACCUGACAUCAGUGGUGGUGAAACUGGCUCGGAACGCUGUGGUCAUGGAGACCAAGGGCAUCGCACGCUGCUUACUGAACGAGGUCACCACCAAACAGGGUAAUAAAGAGCUGAUGCUUAACACGGAGGGGAUCAACAUGCAAGAGCUCUUCAAAUAUACCAAUAUCCUGGACCUGAAUCGAUUGUACUCCAACGAGAUCCACGCCAUGGCCAACACGUAUGGCAUUGAGGUGGCCCUCAAGGUCAUUGAGAAGGAGAUCAAAGAUGUGUUUGCCGUCUAUGGCAUUGAGGUGGACCCACGUCACCUCUCUCUAGUGGCUGACUACAUGUGUUUUGAGGGAGUUUACAAGCCUCUCAACCGCUUCGGUAUCCAGUCCAACAGUUCACCCCUGCAGCAGAUGACCUUUGAGACCAGUUUUAAGUUCUUGAAACAGGCCACAAUGCUAGGUUCCUACGAUAAACUGACUUCGCCUUCAGCUUGUUUGGUUGUAGGGAAAGUUGUGAAAGGAGGAACGGGACUCUUCGAUCUUAAACAGCCAUUACAGUAAUGGACUGAAGAAUUAUCUCUAUUCUGAUGUCCAUUUCUCAGUGUAUGACAUCAAUAAAGCGUUUUUAGACUU